AUGGAUCUUUCUAGAGCUAGAGUGUUAUAUGUGGAGUUCGUGUUUUUUAUGCUUCUUACCGCAAUGGGUGCACUAAGCGAGGAGAAAGACCACGACAAUUGUCCGAAGAUUGUCAAUUUGAGAAGUGAGAUAUCUAGAUGGCCAUCCCGCAUCCCGCAACAAAGUAAGAUCUCCCCUGCUGUCAAAUUCUUCCCUCACCAUAAUGCAACCGGUAGCAACUAG